CACCUGAACGGACAUCUUGAGGGAACGAAUUGGUAACGCUAUGGGAUCUUCAAAGAAGCAUAAGGAAAAGGAACGAGACCGAGAUGGCUCCUUUGCUGGAGGUAGUGGGGAAGAUCGUCACCGGGAGCACAAAAAGCACAAACAUAAGGAACGUGAGCGGGAAAGACGGAAGAGAUCCCGGGAGAGGGACAGACCUAGGGAUGGAAGGUCUCGGUCCACCAAGGAUGCAGACUCUCGAAAAAUAAAAAAGGAGAAGUUGGAGUUUUCUUUUGAACAGAUUGGUGCUCCCAAAUCUGCAGGUGGAGACUCAUCGCUAAGCAUUGAGGAGACAAAUAAACUUCGUGCAAAACUUGGUUUAAAACCCCUGGAAAUUAAUACCGCCAAAACAGAAAGUGGCACUAAAGAAGACCCAGUUGCAGCUGCUGUCAUCAACCCACUAGUUCUGAAACAACAGCAAGAGCUCAGAGAGAAAUUAGCAGCUGCUAAAGAGAAGAGGAUUCUGAACCAGAAACUAGGUAAAAUAAAAUCCUUGGGGGAGGAUGAGCUAUGGUUAGAUGAUACAGCUGCUUGGAUUGAGAGAAGUCGGAAGCUCCAAGUAGAAAAAGAGAAAGCAGAGAAAAGGGAAAAACUUCUGGCAGAAAUGGAUGAAGAGUUUGGUGUAUCUAAUCUUGUGGAGGAGGAAUUUGGGCAAAACAAGGCCUAUACCUCUACAGAUUUGCAGGGACUAGUUGUUGAGCAUAAUGUGGAUUCUUUUAAUGAGGGACAGACUGUCAUUUUAACACUCAAGGACAAAGGUGUCCUUGAUGAAGAUGGUUCUGAUGUCUUAGUUAAUGUGAAUAUGAUAGACCGAGAGAAAGCAAAUAAGAAUGUUGAGCUGAAGAAAAAAAGACCGGAUUACAAACCUUAUGAAGAGGAAGAGAGCGUGGAUGACAUGGUCAUGUUGCGUCACAAAUCUGUCCUUUCCAAAUACGAUGAAGAGAUAGAGGGAGAAAAGAAGAAAUCCUUCCAACUGGAAUCGGGGGGAGCAGUGGAUGGUUCAUGGGAAAAGGAAUUGCAGUUAAUUCGUGAAACUUUACACAAUCAAGCACAGUCCCUAGAUCUGCCAGGGUUAAAGAUUGCAUCUGAGUAUUAUACACCAGAGGAGAUGGUCUCCUUCAAGAAAACUAAGCGACGAGUGAAAAAGAUUCGCAAGAAGGAGAAGUCUGGUCGAACUGAAGAUCUCUUACUCAUGAAAACUGAUACUAGAGAGACUGACUUUGGUUCUAGGGCUCGGGGACGUGGUCGCAGGCGUGUUGAGGAUUCAGAUGAUGAACAGGAAAAUAUUGAAUUUAAAGAGGCCUUGCCACAAUCUGAUGACCUUCGAGUAGAACGUAUGGACAUUAGUGACCAUGAGGAGAUGCCAGACUCCCCCGUGGUUUUGGAAGAAGAUGAAUUGGAGAUAGAGUUAAAAAACCAGCUAGAUAAAAGUAGACGUCUAAAACAGCUGCAGCAGCAGAAGGAUGCUACUGAGAAGGUUGUUUCAAUGGUAAGUCUGACUUCUCAGCGGAGUCAAGAUGAAGAAGAGGAUGAUGAUAAGAAAGGAUCUAUUGUGUUCAAUGCAACCUCUGAAUUCUGCAGAACACUUGGGGAGAUUCCAACUUAUGGCCUAGCAGGGAACAGAGAAGAUCAAGAGGAUUUAAUGGACUUUGAGAAAGAAAACGAAUCUGAGAAAGAAGGAGGGGAUUCUGAUGGAGAGGAGAAUGUUGGCUGGAGCAUGGUGAAUCUUGAUGAAGAGAAGAACCAGCAAGAGUUUUCUGCAGGUUCAACCACCAUUUUGGAUGAAGAGCCAAUUGUAAAUAGAGGUCUGGCUGCUGCUUUACAUCUGUGCCAGAACAAAGGUCUGCUGGAGACAACGGUACAAAAAGUGGCACGUGUAAGAGGAACCAAUAAAGUCCUUCCAUCAGCUGUAUAUUGCAUAGAGGACAAAAUGUAUGUAAUACU